CCGAAGUGGAACAAACAGGAAACGCGUGGGGUUUUGGCAUAAUAGAGAAUUUUCAGUAAAGAAGAAACGCAAUCCGCUAUCAAUUUAGACAAGUACAGUUUUCUAUAGUUUCAUUACGAAAUGGCGGCUUCAAAUUACUCUUUGAAAGUAAACAGGCAGCUACUGGAUCCCAGCUUUGAAAGUUACAGGUUGUCUCUCGACCCUUUACCAAUCUAUAAAAUUGAGCUUGAUGCUGGUGUGGCUGAGGUCAAGCUUCGGGAUAAUCAAUACACCUUGGAUCACGUGCGUGCCUUUGGCAUGUAUAACUACCUGCACAUUGACCCCUGGUACGAGGACAGUGUGUACUACAUUGACCAGAUGAACAGGGUGCUGAAUCUCACGGUGACGUUGGACACUGCUUUGGGAAAACCUAGGGAAGUGUUCAGGAUCCCGUCGGACCUCAGCACGUGCGAGAACCGCCUGUGUGCCUCUUUGAGCUUUGUGUCCUCCACCUGGGUCGCCCUGUCCGACGGGACCGGCAAGCUGUGUCUCCUGAGAACCAGCAAGAGAGGGGACAGUGCACAUGCGAAGUGGGAGAUGUUGUUUAACCAAGAUAUUGGGGAGCCAUUUAUCAUCAUUAACAGCCUUUCAUAUGUGAGCACUGGCACUCACACAGUGGAGGCUCUCCUACUGCGAAUUGAGAAGGAUGAAUCGGAUGUAAAAGGCAGUGGGUUUUCUGUAUCACUUGAAUGGCUCAGCAUAACUAAUACUGGCGGACAGGAACAGGAAACAAAAUACGAGAUCACGAAGAGACGCAUUCUGCAUGGGAAAUCAGUUCCUCACUAUGCUGCGAUUGAACCCAAGGGAGAAGGCUUGAUGAUCGCAUCUGGGAAGCCUUUCAAAUUCACUCAGGUUGAUGGGAAACCACUGGAAGAGGAUGACGAAAAACCCAUGGAAGUUGAGGAAAAAACUGUUCCCAUCUACUAUUGGCAACAGACAGCAGAGGAUCUUACAGUCACAGUCCGUCUCCCAGAAGGCACCACUAAAGAAGCCAUUGAGUUCAAGCUAUCAAUGGACAGUCUUAAUGUUGGAUUACGUGGAUAUGCUCCUUUGAUCAAAGGACAGUUUUCUUCUUUGGUUGACACAGAAGCUAGUACAUGGAUACUAAAAGAUGACAAAAGCUUGGAGAUAACCUUGCAGAAGAAAGAUGAAGGUGCUAUGUGGCCCGAGCUGAUUAUAGGUGACCAGAGGGGGGAGUUUAUAAUGGAUCAAGCCCAGGCAGCUCUGAUCCAUGAAAGGCUAACUCACCUAACUUCAGAGGAUUUGGCCACAGACCCAGGGAAAGAUAAGCCCCCAUGCAAUGCUCAGGAAUUGGAGGACUGUGACAUCUUCCCAGAAGACAGCUCAAGCUUGACCCGAUUUGAUGGCAGCUCACUGAAAGCUACCCAUGUGGUUAAUCUCGGAAGCCAUCAGUACCUAUUCACUGUUGACGUCAGCCCAUCCGAGAUGCCUUGUUUCUGCCUGCGCCACGAUGUUGAUGCCUUGCUGUGGCAGCCCCACGCUAACGAGCAGGAUAACAUGUGGGAACAUGCGGCCACUUUCAACGCCUUAGGGUAUGUUCAAGCAUCGAAGCGGGAUAAAAAGUUCUCAACAUGUGCGCCAAACUAUUCUUACGCUGCGCUGUGUGAGUGCUUGCGUCGAGUAUUUAUAUACCGCCAGCCUUCCCCUGUGUCUACAGUGCUGUACAACAGGAAGCAAGGAAGACAAGUUGGACAGGUUGCUAAGCAACAGGUUGCAAGCCUGGAUUCCAGUGAUACUGUUCUGGGAUUCAGAGCAACAAAUGAGAGGUUAUUUGUUUUAACAUCCAAGAAUCUGUUUGUGAUCAAGGUCAAUAAUGAACAAUAAAUAGUGUAUACACUACUGUUGGAUUCCUUUUUCGAGUUUAAAAAAAAAAGCAAAUUAGAAAUGUGUAUACGUCAGGUGUAAAUCUUUGUAAUAGCCAUAGAUGUGUUUGAUUGCAAAACAGUCAGAUUGCAUUUUUUUAUCAUGUUCCAAAGCUAAAAUCAGUUAUUUUAACACUGAUGACAUAUACAUGGCCUCUGGACAUUGAAGCUAGGUGCUUCAAUAGCUUUCAGAGCGUCUCUUAUAAUGAACCAAAACAAUAAUGUAAGUCUAAUUGUGGGGAGAAAAUAUGGUUGAAUAAAAAUGAUCAAACAUAA